AUGGGUGAAUCUGAUCCACCAAUAGUUUCAACCGGAUCAGCUACUACAUCUUAUGGAGGCAUUGUGAAUCAAUUGUUUGAAGAUCCUACACGAAACAGUGCAUCUCCUAUAUCCACUAACGGAAUUUCCUCUGUGAACUAUGGGAGCGCACCCAGAAAGAACGACGACCAUCCUCUCAUUCUAGAUGACGAAGAAUUGGGACGACGAGGGUCAACUCAGCCACCUCAAUCACCUAGUAUGGAUUUUGCCAAUGUUUCCCGACCUGGAGGAUUAUCAACUAUCUCCGGUGUUUUUGCUCCUGUAGCUUUAUCCAUGUUUAGUAUUUUACUGUUCAUGAGAAUGGGAUUUGUUGUUGGCCAACUUGGUUUUCUACUUACCGUUGUGCAAUUGUUGAUGGCCUAUUCCAUCGUUAUGCUCACCGUGCUUUCUCUUUGUGCGAUUUCAUCAAAUGGUGCUAUCGAAGGCGGAGGAGUAUAUUAUAUGAUUAGUAGAUCUCUCGGACCUGAGUUUGGAGGCGCUAUCGGCGUGCUAUUCUUCGUUGCCAAUGUGUUCUCUUGCGCCUUGUAUAUCUCUGGAUUCACAGAAGCACUUCUGAAUAAUUUGGGACAUGGAGAAUUUCCUGAUAGCCCCACAUGGAGGUUCAUCUACUGCGUACUUGUCUCUGUGAUUUUAUUGGUUCUGUCUCUUUUGGGAUCUGGUCUAUUUACCAAAAUUGCAAUGGGAACUUUCGUUCUAAUCUCGGUUUGUUACUCCACUUGGAUAUUUUCGGUCAUUUUCAGUGGUCCAAUGGAUAUUCCUAUCCCGAAAGUCAAUACUCCCGUUUAUCGAGUACAUGAAAAUAUUUCUGAUCCUGAGAGCCCUAUGAUUGUCAAUCUGGAUCAGAACAUCACGGGAGCCUACACUGCUUUCAGUUUCAAAACCUUGGGAGAAAAUAUGUUCUCGAAUUAUACUAUUGAUUAUUCUACAGAAAAGCAAACUGAAUUCGCUCUUAUGUUCGCAAUUAUUUUCUCUGGAGUAACAGGUCUUAUGGCCGGAGCGAACAUGUCCGGAGAGUUGGCCAAGCCGUCUAUUUCCAUUCCUAGAGGAACGGUCCAAGCUGUUAUCGUAACUCUUGUAGUGUAUGUUAUGACUGCUUUCCUCAUGGCUGCAACAAGUAGUAGAUAUCUUCUCCAAAAUGAUUAUACUGUAAUGAUGGACACAAAUUUCCAAAGAUGGUUCAUUUUGAUAGGAGUUUUCUCUACAACGCUGUUCUCUUCAAUGAGUAAUCUCAUCGGUUCAUCAAGAGUUUUGAAUCGUUUAUCUCAUGAUAAGCUUUUCGGAUUCCUUUUGAGACCUGCCUCUAUUGAAAUAGGAGACAAGAAUCCUGUUGUAUCAGUGCUAUUCACCUGGGUCUUCGUUGUUUGUGUUUUUCUCAUUGGAGCUAUGAAUAAGAUAGCUAAACUCACAUCCAUUUUCUUUUUAUUAUCAUACAUGGGUGUGAACAUCGCUUGUUUAGCUUUAGAGUUAACCAGUGCUCCUAACUUCCGCCCCACAUUCAAAUAUUUUUCUUGGCAAACUUGUACACUGGGUGUUAUCGCAACAGUAGUGAUGAUGUUGGUCGUGGAUGCCUCGAUGAGUGCUAUUGGUGUUGUUCUUCUUCUCAUUCUGAUAAUAGUGUUGCACUAUCAGGCUCCAUCCAUGGCUUCUGGUUCUAUUUCUCAAGCUCUGAUCUACCAUCAAGUUCGUAAGUACCUUCUGCUUCUCGACGUCAGAAAAGAGCAUGUCAAAUACUGGCGUCCGCAAAUUUUGCUCUUAGUAUCACGACCUGCUUCUUCUCAUCAUCUCAUGGACUUCGUGAAUGAUCUCAAAAAGUCAGGGUUAUAUGUUAUUGGUCAUGUUAAAAAAGGCGAGUUUGAUCCUCUUCAGCCUUUGGAUCCAUUGCAGCAGGUGUAUCCGUACUGGCUUUCGUUAGUUGAUUACUUGAAGUUGAAAGCGUUUGUUGAAUUAACUUUGUCUGCUAAUGUACGAGAAGGAAUCCAGCAGCUCAUUCGUUUGUCCGGACUGGGGGCUAUGAAACCCAACACAGUAGUCCUUGGGUUCCAUGAGCAAACACCUGCUUCAGAUACCCUACAGGAAUCUCAGCUUCUGAAGGAUUUAAGGAACGCUAAAAUUGACAGAUCUUCUGUCGUCGAGUAUUUCACAGCUAGUGAUUACGUUCCGAGGGAAUUAAAUGGCAACCGUGAAAGGCUGACGGCUUCAGAGUAUGUGAAUGUGCUACUCGGUGUUUUGCACGUCAACAAGAAUCUGUGUGUCGCUCGGCAUUUCCAAAAAUUGGACAAAGAUAAUUUGAUUCGGGGAUGGAACGGACAGAAACGAUUCAUCGAUGUCUGGCCCGUUGAUCUUCAAAAACCAGUUGAAACAGGUUUGGGCUGGGAUAACAGUUCAUUGUUCCUUUUGCAAUUGUCAUGCAUUUUGUCGAUGUCAUCCCGCUGGCGGUCUUAUACUAGGCUUAGAGUAUUCAUUUGUGUAAAUAGUUUGCAGGAUAUGCACCGACGAGAAAAGCAGCUGAAAAGCGUGUUGGACACCUUGAGAAUAAAAGCGGAAUCUAUAGUUGUUCCUUGGGACCAUGUGGUUUGCCAUUUCGGCCAACAGAUGAACUCAGCACGGCCAUCGGCUGAUCUACCCAUCCCAUACGUCACCGCUUUCAAUGAUAUGAUCAAGAGAUAUAGUGAAGAAGCAGCAAUAACCUUACUAAAUCUUCCUCUUCCUCCCACUGACGCCGAUAAAGAUGGUGCUAAAUAUUUAGAUAUUGUACGGGCCCUCACAGAAUCUCUACCCCCCACAUUAAUGGUGCAUGGAGUUUCUUCUGUGAUUUCUACUACAUUAUAA